AAGAGGACUUGCAUGUUAGUCCUCUCUGUCUUCACCAGCAGUUUUGAAAACUAGCAGAAGUUCUUAACAUAUAAAUGAACAGCUAAAAAAUCCCCAGAAAUGAUGGCUGCAGCUUCAGCUGAUGUACUGACCCUUAUUCCACACAAGGAAGCCUUCUGGAGUAACCAAACUAGCCUAGACAUAAAUGCCUCAGAAAUUCAAAACAAUGCCAGUUGUCCCUUGGAUGACAACUCACUGUCAUUUGCUUUGAUAGUUUUUUACUCUAUUAUUUUUGUCGUUGGAUUGGUUGGAAAUAUUAUAGCCCUGUUUGCUUUCCUGUGCAUUCAUCAGAAAAGGAAUUCUAUCCAAGUUUACUUGCUAAACGUAGCUGUUGCAGACCUUCUGCUGAUCUUCUGUCUUCCCUUCCGAAUACUCUAUCAUGUUACCAAAAACACCUGGAUGUUUGGACUAAUUUUAUGCAAGAUUGUAGGAACUCUAUUUUAUAUGAACAUGUAUAUUAGUAUAGUACUGUUGGGACUAAUUAGUCUAGAUCGUUAUAUAAAAAUAAAUAAGUCUGUGAAGCGUCCUAAAAUGUUAACUACUACACGAAGCAUACGUAUAUGUUGCAUGGUGUGGGCACUUGCACUAACAGGAUUUAUAAUAGUAGUUGCACCAUCUUUCUUUAAGAGUGGGGACAGCAAUUCUACUAUGUGCUUUCAUUACAGAAAUAAACAAAAUGCAAAGACAGAAGCAAUUUUAAAUUACAUUACUGUAAUAAUUUUUUGGAUAGUUUUUUUCCUUCUGAUACUCUCAUAUGUUAAAAUUGCCAAGAACCUUCUGAAAAUUUCAAGGAAAAGAGCAAAUUUUCCCAAUGCAGGAAAAUAUACCCAGACAGCAAGGAAUUCCUUCAUUGUGCUCGUUAUUUUCACCAUCUGUUUUGUUCCUUACCACAUGUUCCGGUUUGCCUACAUUACAUCACAGUUACAAAACCCAUCUUGUUAUUGGAAGGAAAUCAUUCACAAAUGCAAUGAGGUGAUGCUCAUAUUUUCAUCUUUUAACAGCUGCUUAGACCCAGUUAUGUAUUUCCUAAUGUCCAGAAGUGUCCGUAAGACGGUAUUCCAACUUAUUUGCAGAAAAAUUCACGGAGAUUCAGGCCUAACUCUGGAAAGCACUUCAGAAAUAAAACUUGGACAAUAUACACAAGAGAGAUUAUCUACCACCACUCCUCACUCAAGUUCUUUAAAGAAGAAGUCUUUGAUUUGAUUAUCUGAAUGCAUACUGGUUUAUCUCUGUCACUCCAGGACAUCAAUUUAAGAUUACCAAAUGCUAUACUGUAGAGCUACUAAUCCUGCGUCUUUCUUCCUGUUAAAAAUGAGAAGUAUUACUUCUGUUUGUGAAAUGAGAAGUUACUUUUCAGAAGUAUUUUGCUCUUGUUUAUCUAAGAAAACGAGAUAGGAAGUCCUCAGACUUCUUCUGUUGGGCUAAACUAGAACACUAACUCUGUAAGGAGACCUCCACAAAGUGGCUUGAAUCUGUAUAAGGAAUCUUGUGUAUAGACAUUAAUAUUACCAACUUGUGUAUGUAAGUAAUAGAUGAAUUAUAUCCUAUUCAAAAGAGCUAUAUAAACCAUGAAAGAUUUUAUGUACUUCUGUGUUUUAACAGGUUUCAGAGAUGAGCAUUUUAACUACAUUUAUAGAAGUAUUUUUUCCAAUAAAAUAUUUCUGAAUUUAGCAACAUAUAUGGCUUAAAAAUGAAGUUAAUAAUACAACUACCAUUAAUUCACUUAUAAUUACAGAAGGUACACUUGGUUUUAUUAAACAGCAAAAUUAAAAUAUGCAAGCCUUCUAAGACCCUUAUUAUAUUCUCAACGUUUUAAUGAAA